AUUUAAUAUGAAUGGCGCAAUUUAAAAAAUAUUUUGCAAUCGCGCAGGAAAAAAAAUGAAUUAAAAAUCUGGAAAUUUGUAAAAACUAUACUUAGUAGAUUUCUAAGCAAAAUAGAUCAAAGUUUAAUUUAAAAUGUUGCCACGAAGAGAUUCACGACUAGUAUACGUGCAUAAUUUAUAAUGUUCAAUUUCUGAAGAAAUCUUGGUAGUUUUUUUUUCAGCUUUUUGUUGUGACGUGUGAAGGAAAAGUAAAAAUGUUUUUCUUCGAAAUAUUUUUUUAAAAUAAUUUUAUUUGACGCUAAUUUACGAUAACUAUGAUUGGCACAGCAAUAUACGAGUUAACUGGGACAAUUAAAGAAGUUAAAGUGUUAAAAAAUACUGAGGAAAUAGACGAGUUAGAAAAUGUGACAGAAAAAGAUCCAUUUGCAGCUUCUAAUAAUUUGCCAAUAAAUGGCAAACCAUGGAAAGGACUUAAAAGCAAAGACAAAUUCAAGCGUGUUAUUAAAACAUUUAUAAAACUUGCAUCUUUGAUUGGUCUUUUGUAUUUGUUCAUUUGUUCACUGAGUUUCUUAAGUUCUGGAUUUAGACUUCUUGGAGGAAAAACAGCAGGUAAAGCAUUUUCUUCUAAUAACAUCAUAACCAAUCCAGUUGCCGGAUUGAUGAUUGGUGUUGUUGCUACGGUUCUUUUACAAAGUUCUUCAACAACAACUUCUAUUGUUGUCACCAUGGUUGCCUCAGAUUUAAUUAAAGUUUCUCCUGCUAUUCCAAUUAUCAUGGGAGCAAACAUUGGAACCACUGUUACUAAUACCAUUGUGUCUUUGAGCCAAAUUUCAGAUAAAAAUCAGUUUCGACGAGCGUUUGCAGCUGCAACAGUUCACGAUGCAUUCAACAUCAUAACUGUACUUGUACUUCUACCUGUAGAGAUAUUGUCAGGAUAUUUGUUUUGGUUAACAAAAACAAUUAUCAGUACAACUAGUUUGUCUUCAGAUAAAUCACUAGAUCAGCAGCUACUUACCAAAAUCACAGACCCGUUUACUAACCUAAUUAUUCAACUUGAUAAAAAUGUCAUAGAAGGCUUAGCAAAAGGCGAUAUGUCCUUCGCAGAAAAAAGUCUUAUAAAGAAGAAUUGCAAUAAAGAAACAAAACAUUUGUUGAUGUUUAAUCUCACACAAAAGAUAAAUAAUACAUUGAUGAUUAACAAUACACAAAAUGUUGUAAAAAACAGUACAGAGUUGGCAAAUAAUACACAAAUAAAACAUAAUAAACCUUGUAAGUUUGUGUUUCAUAACACUGGUAUGUCAGAUUCACUAGUUGGUGUUAUUUUACUUGUUAGUGCUUUAGUUAUAUUGUGUUUUUGUCUUGUUUUCAUUGUUAAAAUAUUAAACUCUUUGCUACGUGGUCAGAUAGCUAACGUCAUUAGAAAAACAUUCAACGCCAAUUUUCCUAAACCAUUUUCAUUUUUAACAGGCUACUUUGCAAUUUUAGUAGGAGCCGGAAUGACUUUUUUGUUACAGUCUAGUUCAAUAUUUACAUCAACAUUAACGCCUUUAGUGGGUUUGGGUGUAUUAUCAAUAGACAGAGUAUAUCCAUUAACACUUGGUUCUAAUGUUGGUACAACAGCAACUGGCAUUCUAGCAGCAUUAGCAUCUCCAAGUGAUCAUUUGGCACCAGCAUUGCAAAUCGCACUGUGCCAUUUAUUUUUUAACAUCAGUGGAAUACUUUUGUGGUAUCCGCUUCCAUUGUUUCGAAAAGUUCCGCUUAAUAUGGCAAAAUAUCUUGGUAACACAACUGCUGAAUAUCGGUGGUUUGCAUUUUUUUACAUAUUAGUAUUUUUUUUUGUCAUACCAACAUUUGUGUUUUUACUUUCAAUAGCUGGAAGGGCUGUGUUUAUUGGAGUGAUGGUACCUAUCGCAUCACUUUUAUCUUUUAUCUUUGUUGUCAACAUACUUCAAUCAAAUAAACCUAGCUUUCUUCCGCAUAUACUUCGAAAUUGGAAAUGGCUUCCAAAAAUGUUGCGCUCUUUAGAACCAUACGAUAAAAUGAUAACUAAACUUUGUGGAAAAUAUCAACGAAAAAAAAACGAUGCUUGCGUAGAGAUGAGUUAAAAAUAAAGAUUUGAUUUUAUAAGAUUAUAUAUUUUAUAAUAUUUUUUCAAAAUUAUUUGCAAAA